UUAUCCAGUUGCUCCAAGUAUUUUGCGGAUAUGCUCGACUGAAUCUUUUUGGAGACUGCUGACCUGAGACGCAGGACACCAGAAGCUCCCUCCGCUCCCUCUCCAUCAAAUACAGCAAACCUGCACUUGUGGAGGGAGUGUGAUCAUGUUCUAGCACCCUCCUGUGACACAUAAGGAUAUGGUGAUCUUAAUCUGGCAAGCUGUGAUCACAUAUGUGCUCCUUCUGUGGAUGGUAAGAGUGACUGAUGGGAUGCCCGACCCUGCUCAGAGGGACCUGCUGAUGCGUCAGGAGGCGUCCAGACAGACGGGAGGCCAGGUGACGCUGACGGCGGCUGAGCAGAAGCUGGAUGCUUACCUACAUCAACUAAAGGAGCAAGAGCUGUCUGCUGCACCGUUUCCCCCAGCUAUCCACUUCUUCAAAGCAAAGCCUCUCAUCCAGAAGAGUCCAAUCUUCAAACUGUUGCAGAAGAUGCCCAAAGGUGCAGCCCUCCACAUCCACACCUCGUCUUUGGUCGGUGUUGAAUGGCUGGUGAAAAACGUCACCUACAGGCCUUACUGCUACAUCUGCUUCACCUGGGACAACUCGGUCCGCUUCUUGUUCUCCGAGCGCCAGCCUUUUCCUCGAUGGGACUGCUUAUACUGGCGGUUGCUUGAGACAUUGAGAGCCCAAAUAGGAGACCCUACAGGCUUUGACGACAGUUUAAUGCAGCAGCUCACACUGUUCACUGAGGAUCCAGAUGGAGAGUACCCAACCCAAGAGGUUGUAUGGGAGAAGUUUGAGAAAGCCUUCAUAGCAGCUGCUGGGCUCAUCACCCAUACCCCUGUGCUGAGGGACUACUUCUACAAGGGCCUAGAGGAACUUCUCCAGGACAACAUCAUGUAUCUGGAAUUAAGGAGCGGUCUAUCAAGGACGUAUGAGCUUGAUGGAACCGUUCAUGAUAAGGUGUGGACUCUGAAAACAUUUCAAGAAGUUACAAGGAAAUUUACAAACAAUCACCGGGACUUUCUUGGGGCUCGUGUCAUCAUUUCUGUGCACAGGGCUCUGAGUGUAUCUGAGGUCAAAGCAGCUGUGAAAGAGGCCAUCCAGCUGCAAAAGGACUUCCCAGAUGUUGUUGCAGGAUUUGACAUGGUUGGCAGGGAGGACAGUGGGAGGUCCCUUUGGUACUUUAGGGAGGCACUUUCUAUGCCAGCUGAACUGGGUGUCACACUGCCAUACUUCUUUCACGCAGGGGAAACAGAUGAUGAAGGCACCAACGUGGAUCAAAACAUUCUCGAUGCCCUUCUGUUCAACACAACACGUAUCGGGCACGGCUAUGCCUUGGCACACCAUCCACUUGCCAAAGAGCUGUCUCGGAAAAGAAACGUGGCAGUGGAACUGUGCCCCAUCUCAAACCAGGUGCUGAAGCUGGUAUCGGACCUUCGGAACCACCCUGCAGCUGUGCUGAUGUCCGAGGGCCACCCGAUGGUGGUCAGCUCCGAUGACCCGUCUCUGUUCGGAACCACGGGCCUCUCCUACGACUUCUAUCAAGCCUUUGUUGGCAUCGGAGGGUUAAGGGCAAACCUGGGCACUCUGAAAGAGCUGGCUCUUAACUCCAUCAGGUACAGCUCCCUGCAAGCUCAUCUGAAGGACACAGGUCUUGUCAUGUGGCAGAAAAAAUGGGACGCCUUCAUCUUUUCAUCUUUAAUUAUUUAUGACAACCACACCGCUGCGGAUCCUCUAACUUAAAUGAUGAUCAUAAUAGCGCUACGCUAAAUCCAACAAAUCUCCAGGCUUUAAUUUAUUUACAUUUUAAAUUAAAUUCUUUGGAACUGC